AUGGAGAACAAUACAGAAGUGACACACUUUCUCCUGCUUGGACUCACAGAUGACCCAGAACUACAGCUUCCCCUCUUCAUGAUACUUCUAAUCAUCUACACCAUCACCCUGGUAGGAAAUCUGGGGAAAAUUCUGCUGAUUUUCCUGGACUCGUGUCUCCACACUCCCAUGUACUUUUUUCUAGGUAAUCUGUCCCUGGUGGAUUUUUGUUACUCCUCUGAUGUCACACCCAAAGUCAUGAGUGGGCUCCUAAAAGGAGACAAGGUCAUAUCCUAUAAUGGGUGUGCUGCUCAGAUGUUCUUUUUUGUAGCCUUUGCUACAGUGGAAAAUUUCCUGUUGGCCUCAAUGGCAUAUGAUCGCUAUGCAGCAGUGUGUAAGCCCUUGCACUAUGCCACCACUAUGACUUCAGGUGUGUGUGUGUGUCUUUCUAUAGGUUCCUAUGCCUGUGGUUUCCUGAUUGCCUCCAUUCACAUUGGGGACACCUUCAAUCUUUCUUUCUGUAGGUCUAAUGUGGUCCAUCACUUCUUUUGUGAUAUCCCAGCAGUCAUGAUUCUCUCUUGCUCUGAUAGACAUGUUAGUGAGCUGGUUCUUUUUUAUGUAGGGAGCUUCAGUAUUUUUUUUUCUGUGUUAGUUAUUUGUAUAUCCUACAUAUUCAUUUUUAUCACAAUCUUUAAAAUGCACUCAGAUGCUGGAUAUGGAAAGGCUGUAUCCACUUGUGCCGCACACUUCACUGCAGUGUCUAUUUUCUAUGGGACUGGCAUAUUCAUGUAUUUGCAGCCCAGCUCCAGUCACUCCAUGGACACUGACAAAAUCACAUCUGUGUUCUACACCAUGAUCAUCCCUAUGCUGAAUCCUCUGGUCUACAGCAUGAGGAACAAAGAAGUCAAGCGUGCAUUCACAAACGUUUUCCACAAAGCAAAAUAG